AACUCUUCUCUUCUCAUCCAACAAAACUAUAAUAAUUAAGCUAUGGCUUACACUCUUACCCACUCCUUAUCCCAUGUCUUAGCCUCUUUGGCAUCCUUAAUUAUUAUGAUUUCUACCUUUACAAUUCUCAAAUUCCUAAGCCCUUUCUUUAAUAAGAAUAAAAAAUCACAUAAAAUACCCAAAUUACCCCCAGGUCCCAAACCAUGGCCUAUAGUAGGUCUUCUUCCUGAAACGCUAACAAACAAACCGGUUUUCCGGUGGAUUCACAAAGUCAUGGAAGAAAUGAACACCGAAAUUGCAUGUUUCCGCAUAGGAAAUGUCCAUGUUAUCCCUGUAACAUGUCCUAAACUUGCUUGUGAAUUCCUAAGAAAACAUGAUGCUGAUUUUGCUACAAGGCCAUUAAGCAUGGCGACUGAAACCGCCACAAAUGGUUACUUGACAACAGCACUUACACCCUUUGGAGAGCAAUGGAGGAAAAUGAAGAAAAUAGUGGCCAAUGAUUUGUUGUCCCAACAAAAACAUCAAUGGCUUCAAGACAAAAGGGACCAAGAAUCCAACAACCUUGUCUUUCAAGUCUACAAUAAGUGCAUAAACAACAACAACAAUAACAAUAAUAACAAUAAUGUUAACAAGGACAAUUGUUUUGGUCUUGUUAAUGUUAGAAGUGUUGCAAGACACUAUUGUUCCAAUGUCGCAAAGAGGCUAAUCUUCAACAUAAGGCACUUUGGUGAGGGUGGCAUUGAUGGUGGGCCAUCUUUUGAGGAUGAGGAGCAUCUUAUUAGUGGCACUUUUAAAUUGCUUAAGUACAUUAAUGCAUUUUGUGUCACCGAUUACAUGCCAUGCUUGAAGGGAUUAUAUGAUUUUGAUGGGCAUGAGAGUGAGAUUAAGGAGGCUAUGAGGAUUAUGAACAAGUAUCAUGAUCCAAUCAUUGAAGAGAGAAUCAAGCAAUGGAAUGAUGGGUUGCGGAAUGAACAAGAGGACUUUCUUGAUGUUUUGAUCAAUUUGAAAGAUUCCAAUAAUGCACCAUUGUUGACACCCAUGGAGAUCAAGUCACAAAUUAUAGAAUUGAUGAUGGCAGCCAUUGAUAAUCCAUCAAAUGCAGUUGAAUGGGCACUUACAGAAAUGAUAAACCAACCUGAAUUGCUUCAAAAAGCAAUUGAAGAAUUGGACAGAGUUAUUGGAAGAGACAGAAUGGUAGAAGAAUCAGAUAUCCCUAAACUAAACUAUAUAAAAGCUUGUGCAAGAGAAACUUUUCGCCUUCAUCCAAUUGUACCUUUCAAUGUUCCUCAUGUCUCAAUAAAGAACACAAUUAUUGGCAAUUACCUAAUCCCAAAGGGUAGCCAUAUCCUACUAAGUAGACAAGGUCUUGGGAGAAACCCUAAGGUUUGGAAAGAACCACAUAAGUUCAAACCUGAACGACACAUCACGAGUGAUGGUGAUGAUGUCGUUUUGGCUGAGCCCAAUUUGAGGUUCAUGUCGUUUAGUACCGGAAGACGUGGUUGCCCUGGAGUGAUGCUUGGAACCACAAUGACUGUGAUGUUAUUUGCAAGAUUGCUUCAUGGCUUCCAUUGGAGUGCACCUCCCAAUGUGUCAAGCAUCAACCUUGCUGAGUGUAAUGAUAAUUUGCUUCUUGCUAAGCCACUUGUUGCCAUGGCUAAACCCAGAUUAGCUCUUGAGUUGUACCAAUUGAUUUAGGGUGUGUUUGGCAAACCUGU